CGGAUUGACGAUCCAUCUGAGCACUGGCCUAUUCUGUCGCUUUCCAUACUGUGCUUCACCAUUAACGCUCAGUGGCAUCUCGCCGCCACGAUUUCACAAACGCCCACGCGCGCCUGUUCCUUUUCUUCCAUCUGGUGCUUCUCAUAGACUUUGCGGCCUCUGCCGCUGUUUAAUACUUUGCCCUGGCCUUCCACGCGGCCGGCGCUUUGCAGAACGUCGCUUCUGUCACCUCAGGACUGUGGCCUCCCAUGUCUACUGUCAUGCGAUCUCAGUGGCAGGCCCUUGGGCGAAAGCCCGCGGCUACCGGUAUGAGGCAGCUCUCUACUAUCACAGCAUCUGAGUCCAUGUCGACAGCUGGCGCGCAUGCACGUCGCUCAGCAUCUUCGCUGUCUCAGGCUCCCAAACCCACAUCUGUCACUUCUGGCACAUCCGCAGCAUCGCGCAUCGGACUAUGCAAUCCCUUCCUCAUGGCCUCGCCCUUCGGUUCCCUCAAAACACGGCAAUACACGACCAUGUCGCACAACGGCCCGCUCUCGCACAUUCGUCAGUUGGCCAAGCCCGGAAUGCUCGGAUUGAACCUCGUCCAACAGCGCUCGCUCUUCGGUAAACCCUCUUACGAUCAACUCGCUCGGCUUGAACAGGCUGCGAACGCCAGCCCCAACAGCGUACCGGCUCAGGCUUCCUUCUACUCUGCACUCGUGCGCGCCGAUAUGCACCAAGUCAUCGUCGACCGGUACAACACUGGACGUUUCGCUACCAGCGCUAUAAUCAACAAGAUCUACAACAAUGCUUUGGCAAAGACGGGACAGGAAGGCGGCGCACAGUCGGGUCUCAACGAGCAACAGCGACAGGCUAUCAGCCAGGCUGUCGGUGCGAAUGCUAGUAACGCUCAGGUCGCAAGGACUACGGGCGGCACUGGCGUCAAGGCUGACCCCGUUUACGUCGUUGUAGAAGAGUCCAUGAUGAACGUCGUCUUCAAGUGGGUGCGCUGGAUGUUCGGUUUCGCCCUGGCUUGCUACGUUUCCCUGAUUCUCAUCACACUCUUCGUUGAGACCAGCGGUGUCCUCAAGAAGGUCGGCGGCGGUACUACUGCUGAAGUCCGCCCCGAGCAGCAAACCACCCGCUUCAGCGAUGUUCACGGAUGCGACGAGGCCAAGGAAGAACUUCUCGAUGUUGUCGACUUUCUCAAGAAUCCCGACAAGUACAAUAAGCUCGGUGGCAGACUUCCCAAAGGUGUACUUCUCGUUGGCCCUCCCGGUACUGGUAAAACACUGCUGGCUCGUGCUUGCGCAGGUGAAGCUGGCGUCCCCUUCUUCUACAUGUCUGGUUCCGAGUUCGACGAGGUCUAUGUCGGUGUCGGAGCAAAGCGUGUCCGCGAACUGUUUACGGCUGCUCGAUCCAAGGCUCCUGCCAUUGUCUUCAUCGACGAACUCGACGCGAUAGGCGGAAAGCGCAAGUCACGCGACGCCAACUACCACCGCCAGACCCUCAACCAGCUUCUGAACGAUCUUGAUGGUUUUGACCAAAGCACCGGUGUCAUCUUCAUUGCUGCGACCAACCACCCCGAACUUCUCGAUCAAGCUCUACUCCGUCCCGGUCGUUUCGAUCGCCAUGUUCAGGUCGAACUCCCUGACGUUGGUGGCCGACUUGCCAUCCUCAAGUACCACACCAAGAAGAUCCGCCUGUCUCCCGAUAUCGAUCUCUCGUCCAUCGCCCGCGGCACCCCAGGCUUUUCUGGUGCCGAGCUAGAGAACCUCGCAAACUCUGCCGCUAUUCGCGCCUCCAAGCUUCAAUCAAAGUUCGUCUCUCUCAAUGACAUGGAAUGGGCCAAGGACAAGAUUACCAUGGGCGCUGAGAAGAAGUCGCGCGCCGUUCCCCUCCAAGACAAGAUUCAUACCGCUUAUCACGAAGGUGGUCACGCACUUGUUGGUCUCUUUACUCAGGGUUUCAACACCGUGCACAAGGCUACUAUCCUGCCGAGAGGCCAUGCUGCGGGUAUCACAUUCUUCCUCCCACAAGAGGACCACCACCACACACGCAAACAAUACAUCCGCCAGCUGCAAGUAGCCAUGGGUGGUAAAAUGGCCGAAGAAAUCGUGUUUGGCGCGGAUAACGUCGCGGACGGCGCGUCGGGCGAUAUCCAACAAGCCACCUCCCUGGCCUACAACAUGGUCACAGCCUGCGGUUUCUCUGACAAGCUCGGCAACGUAGAUUUCAAAUCAAACUACGAAAUGGUAUCGCCAGAAACCAAACGCCUCAUUGACGAUGAAGUCCGACGGUUGAUUGACGAGGCCAAGAGUAGUGCGAGACAGUUGUUGUUGAGUAAGAGGGCAGAGCUGGAUAAGCUGGCUGAUGCGCUUGUACAGUAUGAAACUUUGGAUAAAGAGGAGAUAUUGAAGGUUAUCAAAGGCGAGGACUUACCGGGUCGGUUGAAGGCUAUGCCUAAUGCGCCGAUUAAGAUCCCGGAGAAUCCUCUUCCUACUGCUAUUUUACCGCCGCCGAGAGGGAGUGGUGGUGAUGGUGGGAGCGGGAAUGGACCGCCUGGGCCGCCUAUACCUGCGUAAGGAACGCGGGUGGGCUGGGGUGGUAGCAUGAUUGUUGCGGAUGCAAAGCACGCAUGUGUCAUAUCUGGGUGAAAUGGCGUUGUAAAAUCCGCCCUUUUUUCUCCCCUUUCUCCUUCUUACCUUACUAGAGGGGAUGAUUCGCUUUUUUUACAUAGCGGUUUUGGAAUGUACAAUAUCAAUAUUAAGCAUGAAUGACAAUCUGGAAGCAUGAUGAAUCUCUGAGAUUGAGACUUAUUGUCGUUCACGAUGUGUGUGGUGGAGAACGUGCAAGGACGGCAUGCGCAAGGGAGAAGGACUGGUUAGACUGAUGAUACGAGGGGGAAGGACAAGCAGUGAGAAGGAACGGAGGGUUGAGUUGUAUGCGAUGAAGGUAUCUCCUGCUGACUUUGUCCUUUGGACAGCUAAUUGAGCCGG